AUGGCUGGUUGGAAGAAAAAGUGUGUUGAGAAUAAAAGCAGAGUAGAAGCGAAACACUCUUUGUUCCUUUUGGAUAAAUAUAUUCAGGGGGAGCCAUACACACUCACAUUGACUGAAUUGACCUUGAAUAUGUCGCUGCUGGAAGUAGUCAAAGAGGGCUACGAUAUCUUUACCGUUGGUUGUGUUAAGCUAUCGUAUGAGCCGAUGUUAGCACAAUUUGUUCAAGGAGAAUCGAAGAGACUCAGUGUCCCAAAGUGUACUUACACGAAUCUCAUUUCAAAUCUAAAUAAUUGA